GAUGCACUUGACUCAUAAUGAAAGAAUCACAACUCUGGAAGAUGUCCGGAGGCAUCUUGAGUUAGAGGAGGAACGACUUGAGGCUGCAAAGCCAAUAGCUGAGUUGCACAUGGCAACAACCUCCAAAAACAAAGGUGAUCCAAAGCGAAAGAACUGGGGAAAGAAGAGAGGGCCACCUCAAACUCAGCCAGCUCAGCCUGCUAAACGAUCAAAGACUGAAAAAGGAAAGUAUAGACGUCCCAAAUGUGUCAAUUUUGCUAAAGUGAAGUGCUAUAAUUGUGACAAGAAGGGUCACUAUGCUAAGGAUUGCUCUGAGCCUCCUAGAAAGACUCGGGAGCAACGGACCACAUAGCUUGGGAGCGCAAUGCUUUUGUUGAAUUUCGGCGAGUUUCACGUGGAGCAAAGUGGAUAUA